AAUCCCCUCGUUAAAGUCAGUGUGAGGAGAAUCUGAUGUAUCUUUCCCUUUUGUGCACUUCUCUUUUUUUCUUCUUCCUUGCUCUCAAACAUUGUGAAGGAAGGAAAGACGGAGCAUGACUGGUUGUUGUUUGAGCUGGUCGUAGAUUUUAUCAACAGACAUCUUCACAGAAUGAAUCUCCUAUUUGGGGUUCCUUGGCUUGACAAUGUGUUGUUCUGGGCCUGCAUUUGUUUCCUUACUCAAAAAGGUUACAGUUUUGAACAGGACUUUUCUCUCAAUGACGAUGCAUUCAGUAGCCAUGCAGGUGUGUUUGAUCCCCAAACCUCAAACCAGUUUAACUCUGGAGCUUCUUUAAAUGCAAACCAUGACUCUGACGGUCACAUAAAUGAGAUGCUGAGGGAUCCAGUCCACCGUGAUGACAACGAGGAUGCUAGCUCUGCUACUAGCUUCAGUGAAGAGAUGGUACAAAGCUCUGCUCCCUCCUUGCAGAAUUCUGAUCUUGAAGAUCCUGGUUAUGGACACCCGUUUGACCUUUUAGUAAAGGAGCACACGCAGCAGAGAAAAAAGGUGGAGGGUGUCAGUUUCCCGACCAUGAGAAAUUUUAAACAGUUUGUACAGAAAAUGAAAAGCUCCUUCCUCAAACCUGGAAGUGACUUGAGAAGACACUUUCAAACGGCGCGAGACAUCGUGGAAAACGAGUUGGCUUCUAAGGCUGGAAAUACAGAUGAGGAGCCUCGCGCAGGGUCUGGAUUUGACUCCACAAAAGAAGACAACGCUCACAGUGAGGCCGAUGAAAAUGAAGCCUGGAAGAAGAACAGAAAUACAGAGUUUGAAGAAGGCGAUAUGAGUCCAAACUACCAAAUGCCAAGCCGAUCCGUCCUCGAUCCUGUUGACUCUACUGCAAGUUUUAUUACAAACAAUGCUCAUGAUAACUCCGGACUGGGCGUGGAUGCUGCUUACCAUCAACUCUGUCAGUCAGAAGCCACACCGUGUGUUUUAAAUAAUAAUGAAUUGUCUGACAGUAGUGGAGAUACUAGUGCUCCUGGUUCACAAAAUAACAAUGUUCAGUCAACAAGCCCUCAGCUCUAUGAACAAAUUCCUCCUGAUUCAUUCUUUGGAGAAGAUUAUUCUUCUGCCCCAGAUUUAAACUACUAUGACAACAAGAUGACAACUGUAAUCCCGCAAACCCCUGAGAAGUAUAUCCAAACAUCCGAUUAUACACCUCAAAGUAAAGACCAUUUUGCAGGUUAUCAAAAACAAUCUGUUGGCUUUAAACUUGGAGAUUUCCAAAGUGAAGAACCAAGCAGAUGGACUCCAAAUAAUUUCCUUUCUGCACCAAAGCCCCGAUCUCCGAAUUCCUACAGGAAAAGUGUAUACGUCAGUGCGCCAAGAGGUCAACUGCACUUCCCAGAUUAUGUUCCAAAACAUAGGGAGAUACCAACCCCGACAUUUCCAGCAUAUCUGGAAUCAAACCGUGUAAAUGAAAACCCCCCUGUGCACCGGCCUGCAUCUGUUGGAUCUGUUUCUUCCAGUUCAGAAAACCCUUCAUCACAGAGUUUAAGUGGCCACGUGGGUGUUCAAACAAGCAGCCCCAAUGACAUUACUAUGAAUCCUUCAAGCUCUUUAUACGACGGCUAUCUGAAAGCGCAGGGAGUCAGCGUUACUCAAGAGAAAUCAAAUCCCUCUGAGCAGAAUCUAAUAUCUGCCAUUCAGGAAUCAAAACAAAUAACAGAAGAUACCCUGCUUCCCUUUUCUAACAGCUUGGAAUCCACCCAGAGCGGGGUUUUAUCUCAACUUGGUUAUGCAACCUUCAACUCCCCUAGUUCUGCUCCAGCAUCAGAGACAGACCUAAGAUUAGUUGGCAAUGAAGUGAAGAGGAAGAACACGGUUAUCAAAAAUGAAAUUUCUUAUGGUGCCGUUAGACCCCCGGACCUAUUUUCUGCCUCACAGGGUCGAAGACUCGGUGGCUAUGCUGGCCGUCUGCAGACCUUCAUUCAACCAACCAAUGAAUGGAGGCGUCCAGCCGAUGUAAACAGAGAACCUGGUAACACGGCCUACCAGCAUCCCAAACCCAGAGUCUCUGCUCCUACAUUAAACGGUCUGUUUUGGAGGAAACGUGUCGACACCAAGAGGCUUCCUCAGACGGGCUUCAUUAUGUCGUCACCAUCUGCACACACAUAUGUUGUGAAAUCCCAAAAACGCUAUGUGAGGGGCAAAGUGUUUCGAUCAAAGACUCGUUAUGACCCUCAUCAGCUGAAUGAUGUGAUUACAAAAAACACUGCAGGCAAAGGACUGAAGAACCAAGAAUACACGAUUUAA